AGAUCCCCUUGGUCUUGUACCUCUUUGCCCUGAUUUCUGUCACCUGGCUGUGGGGAGGACUGCACAUGGCUUACCGGCACCUCUGGAUGUUAGUCUUCUUCAUCAUCUUCAACAGCCUGCAGGGUCUUUAUGUCUUUGUGGUAUAUUUUAUCCUGCACAACCAACUUUGCUGUCCUGUGAAAGCAAGUUAUACUGUAGACAUGAAUGGGCAUACAACUCCAGGAUCGGCUUUUUUCACACAUGGCAGUGGUCUGCCGGCUGCAGGUGGAGAGAUCAGCAAGUCCACUCAGAACCUCAUCAGUGCUAUGGAAGAGGUGCCUGCAGACUGGGAGAGGGCAUCCUUGCAGCCUGCUAGUCAAGCUAGUGCUGCCUUUAAGCAGAGUCCACAAAAUGGCAAUGUUUUCCACCCUUCUGGAGGAUUUAGUACCAGCUCAUUGGUUGCUGAUGAGGAAUCACAGGAGUUUGAUGACCUAAUAUUUGCUUUAAAGACUGGUGCAGGUCUCAGUGUCAGCGAUAACGAGUCUUGUCAUGGCAGCCAGGACGGUGGCAGCAUGGCUAACUCCCAGAUCGUAGAGCUUAGAAGAAUACCCAUAGCAGAUACUCACCUCUAACUCCACGGCUUGCUUGGUUUUUUGUUGGGUUUUUUGUUGGUUUUGUUUUGUUUUUUUUUUUAAUUCAAGCCUCGGUAUUUUUAUAUUUGUACUUCCUUUUGCACUAAAACACUAUAUGAAACUGUGUAGUAGAAUGCUGUGAGCUUUACUGAAUGUUUAACAAGGAAUGUUUGCUUGAGGUUUUGUAUAUCAGAAAA